GGACCCCCGGCGGGCCGCGCCCCCGAGCAUGACCGAGGCCCCGUGGCCGGCCGGCGCCAACGCCUCGGACGCCGCCUGGCCGGGCGCGCCCUGGGCCAACGGCUCCGCGGGCGCCGGCGCCGCGGCCGCGCCGUUCCGCUGCGCGCUCACCAAGACCGGCUUCCAGUUCUACUACCUGCCCGCCGUGUACAUCCUGGUCUUCGUCGUGGGCUUCCUGGGCAACAGCGUGGCCAUCUGGAUGUUCGCCUUCCACAUGAAGCCCUGGAGCGGCAUCUCCGUGUACAUGUUCAACCUGGCGCUCGCCGACUUCCUCUACGUGCUCACGCUGCCCGCGCUCAUCUUCUACUACUUCAACAAGACCGACUGGAUCUUCGGCGACGCCAUGUGCCGGCUGCAGCGCUUCAUCUUCCACCUGAACCUGUACGGCAGCAUCCUCUUCCUCACCUGCAUCAGCGCGCACCGCUACAGCGGCGUGGUGCGCCCGCUGCAGUCGCUCGGCCGCCUGCAGAAGAAGCGCGCCGUGUACGUGAGCCUGCUGGUCUGGGCCGCCGUGGCCGCCGCCGUCGCGCCCAUCCUCUUCUACUCGGGCACGGGCGCGCGCAGGAACCGUACGGUCGCCUGCUACGACUCGGCGGCCGACGACCACCUGCGCGGCUACUUCGUCUACAGCCUCUGCACCACCGUGGCCCUCUUCUGCGUGCCGCUCGUGCUCAUCCUGGCCUGCUACGGCCUCAUCGUGCGCGCGCUCGUCAGCAAGGACCUGGACAACUCGCCGCUGCGCCGCAAGUCCAUCUACCUAGUCAUCAUCGUGCUGGCCGUCUUCGCCGUGUCCUACAUCCCCUUCCACGUCAUGAAGACCAUGAACCUGCGCGCGCGCCUGGCCUUCCAGACGCCGGAGAUGUGCGCCUUCAACGACCGGGUCUACGCCACCUACCAGGUGACCCGGGGGCUGGCCAGCCUCAACAGCUGCGUGGACCCCAUCCUCUACUUCCUGGCGGGGGACACGUUUCGCCGCAGGCUCUCACGAGCCACCAGGAAGGCUUCCCGGAAGAGCGAGGCCAACCUGCAGUCCAAGAGCGAGGACAUGACCCUCAACAUCCUGUCCGAGUUCAAGCAGAACGGGGACACGAGCUUGUGAGGGCUCCGAGGCCGCGCGCGCCCAGCUCAGCCACGGUCUCAGCGUUGCCCCUGAGGGACGGUGUAGCCCGGCUGGCCUCUUCCUUAGCGUCGGCCCCCAGAGCGGCCUUGUCCACGCCUGUGUGCUGCAGGCCAGCAGCUGCGGCCCCCAUGCCCACGAGGACGAGGAGGCAGGGUGAGCUGGGCGCCGGAGCUCGUGGCUGUGUGGACACGCGGGCAGCGGCACGGAUCACCAGCAGUGCGGUCAGCGGGACAAGACGGCUCAGACCAGGAUGGGGCCCUGGGGCGAGCAGGCCUGUCCCUGCCCCUGGCGUCCAUGGCAAGUCGUCAGGAAAACAAGCAAGCGAGAGGCUGGGGACGCUCGGCAAACCCAGCGGCGGGGACGGCGGAGCCUCCUCUGGCCGGGCCCGAGGCCCCGCGGGCAGGGGCCUCGCCGUGGCGCCUGCGUCUGGGCCGUCUCCGUGGCUGGCCAGCAGCCGGCACUCACGCCUCUGGCCUAGCUGAGGCCUCGGUUCCCCCCUGCUUGUCACGGCGCUGCCUGCCCUGGGCAGCGAGACGCGCGGUGGCUGGACUGGGGGCAGCACGAGACCAGCGUCCAGGGGUCUGGCCGAGGGCUGGCUUCCCGGCCGGGCUCACAGAGGAGCCGCAGCCCUGGCUGCCCAGCCUGGAGAAGCCCAGGGGAAGCCUCGCCCCUGUGACUUAUAUUUAUUGUCAGGCAGGACGCUGCCUGUGACCUGGCCGUAGUGUGCAGGACAGGGGGCACUGCGGGGUGCCUGGGAGCUUCUCCACUCUCCGGCGUACCAGGCCCCCACCCGAACCCUCGUGUACACUGGGACUCGUGUCUGGG